AUGAGUGUUAACUACAGUGGAGGUAGGAGACGUGCAGUGAGUCGACAAACAGCCGAAGAACAAGUACUUGAUCGAAUUUCUCGGAAUGCAGAAGAACGGUUGAUUCGUAAAAGGCAAGCUCGUGAGGAAGCGAGACAGAUACGUUUAGAACAGCUCGAAAAGCAGUACCGAGAGGCUGAAGCAGAUGGUGGCAAAGAAGAUGACGAAGGCGUUAAAGACAGCAUUCCGACGACAUCAACUUCUCGAGGUGGUAUAGCGUCCAGAGAUAGCAAGGAGCAGGCGUCCCUGAAGGAGAAAGUAAGCGAGUUACAAAACAAAUUUCAACGGGCUAUGUUCAUGUAUUCCCAAUUAGAUAACGAGAAAUCAGCCUUAUUAUAUGAAAUUGAUCUAUUGAAAGAUGAUGUGGAGGAAAAGGAGCAGCUCUUAUCACAAGCCAAUCGGGAAUCUCGAGAUUUAGCUACUGAAGUUAAAUUGCUAAAACGUACAGUUGAUGGCCUAAAUGCUCAACAUGCAGCGUUGCGAUUUGAAAUAGCCCAACGUGAUCAAAUUAUACAGGAGAACGGGUUAGUUCUGGCGGAACAAGAAAAAUCUGACAAUAUAUUGACGAACGGCAUAGAUAAUAUUCAAACAACUCCACUGAUAUUUUCUCAAACAACGAUAGCACUUGUUGAAAAGGCAGUGCCUGGUUCUUCCUCAAUAGAUGAAAAAGUGAAAAGAUUAGUUGACGUGAAUAAAAAAAUGCGUCAACAAGUUGAAGAAGCGGAACAGUCAUUAUAUGUUAGAAGAACAGCUCGUGCUGAUCUUAUGAAUAGCGCACAGAAUGGUAUACUCGGUGAUGAAUUACAAAGAGAUGCAGCCAAACAACUAGCAGAGAUCAAAUUUAAACUACAAGAAGCAGAGCGUGAAAAUACGAAUUAUCAAGGCAAUCUGAUACGUGUUGAUGGGCAAAUGAAAAGGUAUAAGGCAGCUGCUGAGCAAGCGGAAAAAGAGCUUGUUGAAUUAAAAUCUCAAAAUCGACAACUAAAAAAAGAGCUUCGUGAUAAGGAUAAUUCUUUGGACGAGGCCAAGGAGACGAAUCGUCAUUUACAGAAUAGAAUUGAAAAAUUACGCUUAUCAGGCUCUCGAAAACCUUUAUAA